UUGGAACGCUGUUGCUGACUUUGUAUACAUUCAGUAACUGACGAGCUGAGGUAGGUCGCUUAUGUGCGGGCACUGGACUUGGACUGAAACCUUUCUCUGGUUUUGGCAGUACUAUGAGGUGCUAGUGCUAAGAGGUUCAUUUUAUAGUGGACGAUUCUGCAGAGAAAAGAGCAGCACAUGGAUGGUUCUGUUUCGCAGGAUACCUACGAGUACAUGUUAACUGCAGCAUCAAGAUUUAUCAGAUGUGUUUAACACUAAUAAUUACCUGUUUGCACCAAUAGGCAGAGCAUGGUCUGCAGAAAACAUGGAAACUCUAAAGACACAAAAAACGCGAGCAGCGUAAUAGGUAUCUUGUGUGUCAUGUUUCUCACAAAUGGUGUAAAAGGUAUAAAUGUCCAACAUAUGGCUUCAGGACUGUCCGAAGAGAGCUGCACAGGUGUGGACCAGAAUGUUUCUUCCAAGAAAGACGCCUUCAUCAAGAAACUGGAAAGUCAGUGCCGGCAACAGCGAAGCACUUCUUUCCUAUGCAGCAAUAUUCGCCUGCUCGUCGCCAUAACAAGCAAAGAGUCUAUCUGCUCAGAUCUAAUACGGAACCUGGAGCAGUUAAAUCACCACAAAAACUUCGGUGGCGCUAGAAGUAUAAAAGAGUUACCGCGAAGACCAGCAAGAUCGAUGAGGUACGAAGGUGAAAAAAUAAAAGACCAGUUAAAGAAUAACACAACUGGAACUGUUCGAAAGUUAGAGAAUUAUACAACACACAUGAUCGCCAGUAACAAGGAACUAGUACAGUUGGAUAAUUUAGUAGCGAAGGAAGUCAACAUUGAUGAUUUAUUACAUAGCAAAAACCUGCUGCAGGGAAAUGCACACAGUGGGUUAGAAAAGAUCGCAAGGGAAAAUGAAGUGGAAUUUGAAGGAGCAGGUGACGGCGAAAUAAUAGAUUCGACAGAAGAACAAAAGUUGGCUACAGAUGAACGACGUUCUUUCGAAGUACGUGGGACGGAAUACUUGCAAAUUGGAAAGUAUAAUCUUGAGAAAGAGACACAAAAUACUGAUGGUAGAGAGAAAAAUAAUGUCGCCGGAAACUCACAGAACGCAUCUUACAGCGUCGUGCGGCCCGUAUCGAGAGGAAGUAUACGUCAGCGAAAUAGCUCUUCUGAGACAGGAAACGAGGUGCAAUCGGGAAGCGCUUGGCGGCCGGAAGAUUGGCAGGAUCUUCUGGAUGCGGCGUCGCGACGCCUGCUGCCCGGCUCGCUGCCUCGGGGUCUGCUCUCCUGGGCGGGUCGCCAGCUGCUGCAGUGGCUGGAGCGUCUCCUAGGAAACGCCGACGUCGUACAAGGACGAGGCAAAAAGAAGGGCUCGGAGAUGUUGAUGAUGUUGCUGGUGGGAGCCAUGAAGAGUACCGGCAUCAUGACAGCGACUUAUGGGAUCACCAAGUUGUUAGCAUGGAAGGCCCUCGCGAUCGGCACUGCAGCUCUUACGCUCGUAGGAACCAUCGCCUUCAAGAAGGGUCUGGGUGGCGGAGGUGGUGACAGUAAGGAGGUGUACAUAUAUGCCGGCAAGACUGGAGGCGGAGGAGGGUGGCCAAGUGCUGCUCCGUGGCCUGGUGGGGGCUGGGAGCCCAGUGGUGGUGGGGGUUGGAAAGGUGCCGUGCUGAUAUUAGGAAACCCUUUUAUUUCCAUCUUCAACCAGGUGUUCCUCCCUUACGAGUUGAACGCAUUUGGUUAG